AUGGGCGCGGUACUGUUAAUAGUUUGUGCCAUAAUAAUAGUGGCGUUAAUUACGGGCUCAUAUCAGAAAUUGACUAACGCGAUAUGCAAAUCAAAGAAGAGAUUGCAUGGAAAGACUGUCAUCGUGACAGGAGGCACUUCUGGUAUGGGUCUGAGGAUAGCUGUGGACUUGGCGCAACGGGGCGCUAGAGUCAUCAUCGCGUGCCCUUUCAGCAACGAAGGGAAAAAAGCUUUAAAAGUUAUAAAGGAAGAAACAAAAAGUGAUAAUGUCGUUUUUGAACUAUUAGACCUCUCUUCAAUUGAGUCGGUACAAACAUUCGCGGCAAUAAUUAAUGAAAGGGAGGAAAGACUGGAUAUUUUAGUAAACAAUGCAGGCGUCGGAGUUGUGUCAGAGUUUAUAACAGAUGAUGGUAUGAGUUUUACUAUGCAACUAUAUAGUAAUAGUAAAUUGUGCUUAGUUGUAUUUUUAAAUGAGCUGGUGAAGAAAUUGAGAGGCUCAAAUGUUGUAGUGAACUGUGUGGACCCAGGGGCGGUGGGGACGGGAAUUUUUUAUUGCAUUGGAACAAUUUCUGGGUACACUGUAAGUACUUUAAUCUCUAUGAUAUUUAAAACCCCAUGGGAAGGAGCACAGACUGCGCUUCAUGUGGCGUUAGAUAAGAGAGCAGGAAAUGUGACUGGAGGAUUCUUCAAAAAUUGCAAGCAAACUAGGGCUAGACGAUUAGCGUAUAAUGAGAAGAAAGCGACAGAACUUUGGGAAGAAACUAUGAGACUCCUGAAAUUAAGUGACAAAGAAGUUGAACAGUGUCUUAAA